AUGCGUGGGUGCUUUUACGAGGAUUCUAGCAGAGGUCGCGCGACAUACGUCUGCGCCCACGCUCUGCGAGUUCAGACAGCAUCGUGUACGAGUGCGAGUGCACUGCUCCAGCUUGGCAUUGAGAAUCGCUGACUCGGACGCCGUGGAAAGGGCCGCAGCUCAGCCCUCCUUUUUGCCAUCAAGAUCGUUGACGGAGCACGCUGUCGUACGUCAGGGUGACGUCCGCUCAGUCUCGGGGGCUUCAAUACGCCAGAGCAAAAGCAAAUUUAGAACACUGCCGAUCGUCUGA